AUAAAGUUACAAAAGUCCCUCUCGAAAUACAACCCUGGUGUUAAAGCGUAAAAGCGGGCUGUUUAAUUUGUUUCGUUGUUUCUGCCAGAAAAAUGGGCUAAAUAAAUAUUCAAACUAUUCUUAGUUCGUGAGAUAUUUUCGCUGAGUGGCUUCUUUUUGCGUCACCAAUACCAACACACGCGAGGGGAUUUUACCGUUUGAAAUCAUUUUGCGGAGUCUGCAUUUUUCACGUGUUUGGUUUUGUUUUUUCUUGACAAAAAAAAGAACGCAGCGCAAUGUCUGAGCUAGAUUGGGACGAUCCAAAUUACGUGGAGCCAGCUCCUGUCCAGAUCUACUCGACGUUAAACGAGAAAUACGAGCGCAGCUUCGGACGUGACAGAAAGCGCGAAAACUACGCAAGACGCGAGAACCAUGAUGAUUACGGCGGAGGAAGACGCAAGAACCGUGAUGAUUACGGUGGAAGAGGACGUGAGAAUCAAGAUGAUUAUGGAAAAGGACGUCGUGAUAGCUACGGAGGCAACGGAGGCCGUUCCGAUCGCAAUGGCGGAAAGUUCUGCGAAUCAAUUAGCGUUUCCACGAAUAUGGUGGGAAGGGUAAUCGGCAGAGGAGGAUCGACGAUCAACCGUAUCCAGGAUGACUUUAAUGUUCGCGUUCAUGUUGACAAGAGCGAGCAGCUUGUAAAGAUCUCGGGAAACAGCAAGGAGGACGUCAGCAAUGCCUUAGACUAUGUUCGCAAAAUGACUAGCUCCGACUCUUUCAAUGGACGCGACCAGGACAAUAACUACGGCGGAAAUCGAGAGAGAGGCGGCGGUGGCAGAGGCAGCUAUGAUACACUCAAGGGAAACUACAAUUUCAAUCCACCCCCGCCGAGAAACGAUGAUGCCAAUGGCGAUCUCACGGGUACUAUCGAUUGGGCUGCUAUUAACCGAGCUUCGGAAGAAGCAUCGGCGGCUCGCUGGGCCAAGUUGCCACCGCUGACGAAGAACUUCUACAAGGAGGCACCUGAGGUGGCCAAUCUGUCCGAAUCCGAGAUCAAGCGCAUUCGCGCCGAAAACAAUAAUAUCACUGUUGCGCACGUUUUCGAACCAAAGGAGGGUGAAACUGUUGAACCCAUUCCCAAUCCGGUGUGGUCUUUCGAUCAAUGCUUUGCCGAAUAUCCGGAUCUCCUAGGUGAGAUCCAGAAGCAGGGCUUUGAGAAGCCCUCGCCCAUUCAGUCGCAAGCAUGGCCCAUACUCCUCAAGGGUCACGAUAUGAUCGGCAUUGCCCAAACAGGAACAGGCAAGACGCUAGCCUUCUUGCUGCCGGGAAUGAUUCACACCGAAUACCAGAGCAUUCCCAGGGGCUCAAGGGGUGGACCCAAUGUCUUGGUGUUGGCCCCCACACGGGAAUUGGCCCUUCAGAUCGAAAUGGAGGUGAAUAAGUACUCCUUCCGCAACAUGAGAGCGGUUUGUGUGUAUGGCGGUGGUGAUCGUCGUAUGCAGAUAUCCGAUGUGGAGCGCGGUGCCGAGAUCAUCAUCUGCACACCAGGACGGCUCAAUGAUCUGGUUCAGGCCAAUGUGAUCGAUGUAACCAGCAUCACCUAUUUGGUACUCGACGAGGCAGAUCGCAUGCUGGACAUGGGUUUCGAACCGCAGAUCCGCAAAGUAAUGCUGGACAUACGUCCCGAUCGCCAGACUAUUAUGACCUCGGCUACCUGGCCGCCGGGAGUGCGACGCAUGGCGCAAAGCUACAUGAGAAAUCCCAUUCAGGUGUGUGUUGGAUCGCUUGAUCUAGCGGCCACACACUCUGUGAGGCAGGUGAUCGAACUACUGGAGGACGACCAGGACAAGUUUAAAACAAUCAAAUCGUUCGUCCGGCAAAUGACCGAGACAGACAAAAUCAUAAUAUUCUGUGGGCGCAAGUCACGCGCCGACGAUCUGUCCAGUGACCUGACCCUGGAUGGAUUCGGGACACAGUGCAUUCACGGCAAUCGAGAGCAGAGCGAUCGCGAGCAGGCCAUAGCAGACAUCAAGUCGGGUGUUGUGCACAUUCUGGUAGCCACAGAUGUGGCUUCGCGUGGUCUGGACAUCGAGGACAUCAGUCAUGUCAUCAACUACGAUUUUCCGCGCAACAUCGAGGAGUAUGUUCAUCGCGUUGGACGCACAGGCCGCGCCGGCAGGAAAGGCACCUCCAUUAGCUUUUUAACCCGCGAGGACUGGGCCAUGGCCAAGGAGCUGAUAGAAAUCCUUAAGGAGGCGAAUCAAGAGGUGCCGGACGAGUUGCACAACAUGGCCAGGCGCUACAAGGCCAUGAAGGACAAACGAGCUGCCGAAGGUGGCGGCAGUUUUGGAGGCGGAGGAAGAGGCGGCGCCCGUGGCUAUGGCGGUGGCGGCGGUGGUAGACGUGACGGUGGAGGAGGCCGCAACUUUGAUCGAUUCGACUUCUAAUUGCAUUUAUCGAUGCAUUUUUGUAGCUUGUAAGAGACACAGCGCAUUGAAGUGCCUUGAAAUUUGUUAAUUCAAAGGUGUUGCUACCUAAAAGGUAGAUUUUUUCAUGACAUUUUGGUUAUUAUUAAUUUCAAUAAUUAUUUAAGUGUUCAUUAAUACUUGAAAGUUUGUUAGCUGAA